CUAGGGAAAAAUUACAUGAAUGCUGUCCGUACUGAAUUUGAAGGUGAUUUUAUUUACCGGUUUGCGCCACUUUUGUCGUUAUUGGUGAUCAUUUGUAGAGUAGUCAAGCUGAUUUUUACACAUAAUGAGUAUUUGAACACGGAAAUGAUUCGAUCGCUCGCACCUAGUCAAAGAGGAAAACGGCCUCUGCUCUUGGAUAUACCAGAGGAUAUUAUAGAAUUAACACAGUCUGAAAAUACACGAAUUCAUAUACAAGAUCCAAAAAGACGGGCUUCCAAGAAUGUCAAAGAUAUACAGAUACCAGAACGCAAAGCUAUUCCUCUUUCUGAUAAUGGUGUCUACACGAUGCAAAAAAUAGUAUCUGAACAUGAAGAAAGAGUGAGGAGACUUCUUAGUAAACCUUUUCAAAUACCAGUACCUGGUUAUCAAUUGUCUGGAAGAAUUCUUGGAUUACGUUUAUCAGGACCACGUAGGCCAUUGCAUGAUCCUGAUGAAUCUAAUGCAUUAAUUGUUUAUUCACCACCAGAAUUAUCGGAACAUGAUAAGUUGAAAAUAGAUCCAUGUAAGCAGCUCGUACAUGUAGUUGUAGAUCCUAUAUUGUGCAAUGUGUUAAGGCCUCAUCAACGUGAAGGUGUGAAAUUUAUGUACGAAUGUGUAACAGGCAAGCGUAUAGAAGGUGCGUAUGGAUGCAUUAUGGCAGACGAAAUGGGUCUUGGCAAAACAUUGCAGUGUAUAACUCUGUUGUGGACAUUGUUGAGGCAAGGACCAGAAGCUAAACCACUAAUAGACAAAGCAAUUAUUGUUGCACCUAGCUCUCUAGUGAAGAAUUGGUAUAAUGAAAUUAAUAAAUGGUUGAAUAACAGGGUUAAUGCUCUUGCUAUUGAUGGAGGAAAAAAAGCAGACAUUGAUAUGAAACUCGUUCGUUUCAUGAAGACUUACGGCGGUAGAUGCGUUACCCCCGUUCUCAUUAUAAGUUACGAAACAUUUCGUUUACACGCACAUGUUCUGCAUCAAGAUGAAGUAGGUCUCGUAUUAUGUGACGAGGGCCAUCGCUUAAAAAAUUCCGAAAAUCAAACCUAUCAAUCUCUUAUGGGUUUGAAAGCAAAGAGAAGAGUGCUCCUUAGUGGAACACCAAUACAGAAUGAUCUUUUAGAGUAUUUUUCUCUCGUACACUUUGUUAAUCAAGGAUUAUUGGGAACUGCACAGGAAUUCCGAAGAAAGUACGAGACACCAAUAUUACGUGGCCAAGACGCAGCUGCUACUGAUAAGGAACGUCAACUCGCCGAAGAACGUCUGUCUGACUUAGUGUCCAUAGUUAAUAAAUGUCUCAUCAGACGUACUAGUGCCUUACUUUCGAAAUAUUUACCAUUAAAAUAUGAACUCGUAGUAUGCAUAAAACUAGGAGACCUGCAGACGCGUCUCUACAAGAAUUUCAUACAGAGUGACAGUAUAAAGAAAUCUGUGGAAGAGAAUGAUAAUUCGAGAAAGGGUAGCAGUCUGUCUGCUUUAGCUGCCAUAACUCUCUUAAAAAAAUUAUGCAAUCAUCCCGACUUGAUAUAUGAUAAAAUCAUGGAGAAGGCAGAAGGAUUUGAGAAAGCUGCAUCGUUGCUGCCGCCAAAUUACUCGACAAGAGAAUUGCAUCCAGAAUUAUCGGGCAAACUAAUGGUUCUGGAUUGUCUGUUAGCGUCUAUUAAAACCACAACAACUGAUAAAAUAGUAUUAGUAUCCAAUUAUACGCAAACUCUCGAUUUAUUCGAGAAACUUUGUCAUAAACGUUCCUAUAAUUAUGUGAGGCUCGAUGGUACGAUGACGAUUAAGAAAAGAGCGAAAGUAGUUGAGAAUUUCAAUAGCGACAGCAGUAAUGAUUUCAUCUUCAUGCUCAGCUCGAAAGCCGGUGGAUGUGGCUUGAAUCUCAUAGGUGCGAAUCGUCUCGUCAUGUUCGAUCCAGAUUGGAAUCCCGCAAAUGAUGACCAAGCGAUGGCCAGAGUUUGGAGAGACGGUCAGAAGAAACCGUGCUUCGUUUAUCGUUUUCUUUCUACUGGGACGAUAGAAGAGAAAAUAUUUCAAAGACAAGCCCAUAAGAAAGCGUUAAGUUCCACAGUGGUUGAUCAAGAGGACGACGUAGCGAGACAUUUUACUAUAAAUGAUUUGCGCGAUUUAUUUAAAUUGGAACAGAAUACGGUUUCUGACACACAUGCAAAAUUCAAAUGCACACGUUGUGUCAAUGGCAUCGAGGUGAAAGGUCCACCAGAGCAAUCGGAUUGCAAUUCAGAUCUAUCCGAUUGGCGGCAUUCACAUAAUCCGCGGCAUUUACCAGAUAUACCAUUACGACAAUGUUGGCCUAGCGGUAUUUCGUUUGUUUUCCAUCAUCGUUCGCAUGAACAUGUAAAGUAACUUAUCUAGAAACCUGUUAAUAUUUUGUUUCGAAAUUUUGUAUUUUUAAGAGUUACGUAUUAGUGACAUUGAUAAAAGAUAUAUUCUAACUGCAAAAAACUAAUGAAAUUUUUUUUAUGCAAUAGUAAAAUUUUUCUUGACAAUUUUUGUAUUAAAAAGUUGGUUUUCUUUGUAUAAAAGAUCAUCAUAAAGGAUUUCGUUUAAAAAUGC